UGGUACUCGUCCUUAGUCUGGUACUGGAGUCGGAAAGGACCAAGAAGCCAAGGACAACGGAGAUAAUUUGCAGUCAUUCUCGUCUCAGAAUCUUCAAAUUGCGGAGAAUUCGAAAAAUCUAAACGAAGGGCUGCCCGAAACCCCAAUUGCCAAUCAGCUCCGCGUCUCGCUUUCAAUUCAAGCUCUCUUAACCAUUUUUCUGUUGUGAAGAAGAAUAAUUCAGCAGAGCAAGCAUCAGCAGGCCCUGUUCUUCAGCAAGUGGGAACAGGGUUCUGCUCAGCAGAUCUGAUAAUCUCAGCUGUUGAUCCGCUAGCCAUUAAUGGGUAUUCUGUUUACUCGAAUGUUCUCGUCGCUGUUCGGUAAUAAGGAGGCUCGGAUCCUUGUUCUCGGGCUGGACAAUGCGGGAAAAACUACAAUUUUAUAUCGGCUUCAGAUGGGGGAAGUUGUCUCCACAAUUCCAACAAUUGGGUUUAAUGUGGAAACGGUGCAGUAUAACAAUAUCAAAUUUCAAGUAUGGGAUCUAGGUGGCCAGACAAGUAUCCGGCCAUAUUGGAGAUGCUAUUUCCCAAAUACACAAGCCAUCAUAUACGUUGUCGAUUCCAGUGACACUGAUAGACUAGUAAUAGCCAAAGAUGAAUUUCAUGCAAUUUUGGAGGAGGAAGAGUUAAAAGGUGCAGUUGUCCUCAUUUUUGCAAACAAGCAGGAUCUCCCUGGUGCACUAGAUGAUGCUGGAGUAACUGAGGCCUUGGAGUUGCACAAGAUUAAAAACCGUCAAUGGGCAAUUUUUAAAACUUCUGCCAUAAAGGGUGAAGGCCUCUUUGAGGGCUUGGACUG